GUGAGCGUGAGAAGGAACAUGAAGGUGGGCUGGCCAGGUGAGAGUCGCUGGCAGGUGGGCCCGGCUGUGGAGGACGGUCCAGCUCUGGGAGCACCGCACGUGGGAGGCCUCCCUGACGUGGUGCCAGAGGGGACGCUACUCAACAUGGUGCUGAGGAGGAUGCACCGGUCCCGAAGCUGCUCUUACCAGCUGCUUCUCGAGCACCGGCGCCCCAGCCGCAUCCAGGGGCUUCGCUGGACGCCGCUCACCAGUAGCGAGGAGUCCCUGGACUUCAGCGUGAGCCUGGAGCAGGCCUCCUCAGAGCGGGUGCUUAGGGCUGGGAAGCUGCUACAUCAACAUCUCCUGGCCACCUGCCCAAAUCUCAUCCGCGACCGGAAGUACCAUCUCAGGCUCUAUCGGCAGUGCUGCUCUGGCCGGGAGCUGGUGGAUGCGAUCCUGGCCCUGGGGCUCGGGGUCCAUUCCCGGAGCCAGGCCGUGGGAAUCUGCCAAGUGCUGCUGGAUGAAGGUGUCCUCUGCCAUGUGAAACAUGACUGGACCUUCCAGGACCGAGACGCCCAAUUCUACCGGUUCCUUGGGCCAGAGCCAGAACCCAUAGGAGCUCAUGAGGUGGAGGAGGAGUUGGCAGAGGCCAUGGCUCUGCUCUCCCAGCGGGGGCCCGAUGCCCUGCUCACUGUGGCACUUCGAAAGCCCCCAGGGCAGCGCACAGACGAGGAGCUGGACCUCAUCUUCGAGGAGCUGCUGCACGUCAAGGCUGUGGCCCACCUCUCUAACUCGGUGAAGCGGGAAUUAGCGGCGGUUCUGCUCUUUGAACCACACAGCAAGGCGGGGACCGUGUUGUUCAGCCAGGGGGACAAGGGCACCUCGUGGUACAUUAUCUGGAAGGGAUCUGUCAACGUGGUGACCCAUGGCAAGGGGCUGGUGACCACACUGCACGAGGGAGAUGACUUUGGACAGCUGGCUCUGGUGAAUGAUGCACCACGGGCGGCCACCAUCGUACUGCGAGAAGACAACUGUCAUUUCCUGCGUGUGGACAAGCAGGACUUCAACCGCAUCAUCAAGGAUGUGGAAGCAAAGACCAUGAGGCUGGAAGAACAUGGCAAAGUGGUGUUGGUGCUGGAGAGAGCCUCUCGGGGUGCUGGCCCUUCUUGUCCCCCAGCCCCAGGCAGGAACCGGUAUACGGUGAUGUCUGGCACCCCAGAGAAGAUCCUAGAACUUCUGUUGGAGGCCAUGCGGCCGGAUUCCAGUGCUCAUGACCCAACAGAGACAUUCCUCAGCGACUUCCUCCUGACCCACAGCGUCUUCAUGCCCAGCGCCCAGCUCUGCGCUGCCCUCCUGCACCACUUCCAUGCGGAGCCCGCAGGAGGCAGUGAGCAGGAGCGCAGCACCUACAUCUGCAACAAGAGGCAGCAGAUCCUGCGGCUGGUCAGCCAGUGGGUGGCCCUGUACGGCCCCAUGCUCCACACUGACCCCGUGGCCACCAGCUUCCUCCAGAAACUCUCAGACCUGGUGAGCAGGGACUCCCGACUUAGCAACCUGCUGAGGGAGCAGUGGCCAGAGAGGCGGCGCCACCACAGGUUGGAAAAUGGCUGUGGGAAUGCAUCUCCUCAGAUGAAGGCCUGGAACGUGCCUGUUUGGCUCCCUGGCCAGGACGAGCUCCUCCACAGCAGCAAUUGUGCCAUCCGCGCUGGGGACAAAGUCCCCUAUGACAUCUGCCGGCCGGACCACUCUGUGCUGACCCUGCAGCUGCCUGUAACAGCCUCAGUGAGAGAGGUGAUGGCGGCAUUGGCCCAGGAGGACGGGUGGACCAAGGGGCAGGUGCUGGUGAAGGUCAACUCUGCAGGUG